GCGAAAAUGAAUUUCGACCAGAUCUUGUCUCUGGUCGGGGGAUUUGGGAAGUACCAAAAGGUCCUGUACUUGUGGGUCAGUUUCCCGCAGCUGAUCCUCGCCUGGCACAUGAUGGUGACGGUGUUCACCGGAGCACAGCCGCCCCACCACUGUCCCCAACACGGGAACUCGCUGCUCGACACCGCUUCAGUGGCGUCCGCCUCCUUUGUCCUCCACCAGAACCUAAGCACUUCGGUCCCGGCCGACGGACCAGGACCGAACCACUCUUCCUGUUACUCUGUUAUAAUUCGGGACAACCGGAGUGUGCGUGUCCAGUCGUGUGAACAAGGAUGGGUCUACAGCAAUGAAACUUUCCUGAGCACCGUGGUCACCGAGUGGGACCUGGUGUGUGACAGAGAAUGGCUGAACAGCCUGGCAUCCGCCAUCUACAUGUUCGGGCUGUUGGUGGGAUCUGUUGUGUUCGGGUUCAUGGCAGACAGGUAUGGCCGUCGUUUCGUCCUGCUCUUGGCACUGGCUCUCCAGACAGUGUUUGGUUCGUUGGCGGCCUUUGCACCAAACUUCCCAAUCUACGUGUGUCUACGCUUUGUAGUGGGCAGCACCAUCUCCGGAGUCAUCAUCAAUGCCUUUGUGAUAGGUACUGAGUGGACUUGUACCGAGCGCCGCGUGCUUGCCCCCAUAGCCACUGACUUUGCCUUUAGCUUUGGCGUCAUGUCACUAGCAGGUCUAGCCUACCUGAUGCGAGACUGGAGACAUUUACAGCUGGCUAUAUCUGUACCCGGUUUCCUCCUCAUCUGGUACAUAUGGGUGAUUCCUGAGUCUGCCCGCUGGUUGCUGACCAAGGGUCGCACCGACGACGCCAUGGUUCUUCUGCGCAAGGCCGCCCUGGCCAAUGGCCGCCAAUUACCGCCAAGUAUACAGUUCGACAAGGCUCUGACCGGUGGCAAGAAGCAGACGUACACACCACUGGAUCUCAUGCGAACACCUCAGUUGAGGAAGAUGGUCAUCAUCCUCUUCUAUUUGUGGUUUGUCAAUGUGCUGGUGUAUUACGGCCUGGCUCUGGGCGUCUCCAGGCUGGGCAGCAACAUCUACAUGACACAGUUUGCGUUCGGGCUGAUAGAGAUCCCCGCCCGGGGCCUGGUGCUGCUGGUGCUGCCCUGGAGCCGGCGCCUGGCCCAGGGCGGCUUCCUGGCCUUCGGGGGGGCGGCCUGCCUGCUCAUGCUAGCAGUCCCUGCUGACCACCCCAACAUCAUCACCGGUCUCGCCCUGGCGGGGAAGUUUGGCAUCACGGCCUCCUUCUGCGUUAUCUACAUCUACACAGCCGAGUUAUUCCCCACAGUUCUCCGCCAAACAGGUAUCGGCAUGUGCGGUGUGUUUGCGCGGAUAGGCGGGGUGCUAGCCCCCCUCAUCAACCUGCUGCACAUCCACAGUCCGGUCUCCCCCCUGCUCAUCUUCGGGACCGUGCCCCUGCUGGGAGCCGCGCUGUGCGUGGCCCUGCCAGAGACCGCCGGCAGACCGCUACCUGACACUGUGGAAGACGCCGAGAACUGUGACACAAGCACCUAUACCGCACCAUUCAGCUCCGGACUAUGUGAAGACACCAGCAAAUCAAUACCCAGCAAAGAAGAACAGGAAUGCUGCAUUUAGCAAGCCAGUCUUCACGUGCAUGCAUGGAUAAUCCCCCACAUUGAUGAACAGAAUUGCCAUUGCAACUUUGCAAAAAUAAGAUACCAAAAGAUGGGAAUUAUGGGCAUAAUCUAAUGAAAGAAUUGAUGCUCAGAACAUUUGAGCUAAUUGGUAAAUUAUAUAAUUAUAUCCAGGUAAAUUUACAAUGACAUAUAUAUGUAUAUAGACUUUGUUUUAACCUUCUGGUGCUUUCUGGUCAUUUAAUUUAUAGAUUUCAGUAGGCAAAUACACAUUGUGGCCCACAUUGUGGGCCAUAGAUAGGCUAUUAUGCUUUUCUACUACUACAAACAGUUAUAUGAGCUUUAAACAGCCUCAUUUACUAAAAUGUGAACUAAAACAAUUCAAUAAUACUGGAUUCUUGAAAGAUCAAGAUUACCUUUUUUUUGCCAUUAUAUUUUGUAUAUCAUUUUGUAUAUCAUUUAAGGUCUUUCAAAGAGUAUCCAGACUUUUUAAUCAAGUAUACCUGAAAUUGUCCAGUUUUUAAUGCAUGCUGCAUGCAACCAUUUGAUUAUACAUAAUGUAAUAUUGUAUUUGGGUCCUUAAUUUCUAUUCAGGUAUUGCAUUUAUAAAAGUAAAAUAAAGAAAAAACCUGUUAAACUGCAUCUGUAUUUCCU